AUGCGGCCUUCAACCCCUCCUCCGACGCAGCCCUUUCUGGCCCGCGGCCAGCAGCCACCGUCUUAUGCGGCGCUUUCGCAGACCCCGGGUCCUGGGAUGCGCUAG